AUGGAGAACGAAGAGAUAGACCAAGCUAUCCAACAACAAAAGGAAAUUGAAGCGGCAAUUGAACUGCUGAAACAAAGAUACAAAAAUCCAGUAAUACUUGUGGACAAUCUUAUUAAUAAGUUAUUGUCGCUCAGAGUAAUAAGAAACGAAAAUGCACAGGACUUAAAAACAUUAAUAGGUGCUUCUAGAGAAGUGUUAUAUGGUAUACAUGGUGAAACCAGAAAAUUAUACCAACAUUCAAGAGGAGCAUCAACACAAAUACCAAAAUCAAACAGCUUAUACGAGUUUAUUGAGAGCAGAGUUAGAGGAUUGGAGGCAGCUCGUGACACAAAUCGCGAAAAUAAGAAUAAUUUUCGACCAACAGCUGUAAAUACAAAAACGCAUGUUACUACAGUGCAUACGCUAUGUUUGGUGUGUAAUAGUAACUAUCAAUUAAUUCGAUGUUCAAAGUUUCUAAAUAUGAAGGUGCCGGAACGGCGUGAAAAGAUUAUGAGCUCCAAGUUAUGUUUUAAUUGCCUUCAGAGUGGGCAUUUUAGUAAGUUGUGCUUGAAUAAAAGAAGUUGUACAAUUUGCGACACAAAACACCAUCAUCUUUUGCAUGAACAAGUUAAAGGCAAACCAACAUUCACAAAUAACAUAAAUAAGCAGAGGAUGCCAAUACUGAAGAACACCACGGAGACCGAAGUGGCAGCGUCGUACAACAUCCAAAAGGAAAAAACUGUUUUACUAGCAACAGCAAUGGUAAUUAAAAGGACUAAAAAACAACUCAAUCCGAUACGAGCGCUUCUUGAUCAAGGAUCACAAUCUUGUAUAAUAACAGAACAAUUAGCAAGAUCAAUCAGAGCACCAUUGACCAAUUAUCAAACUCAUGUAAAAGGUAUCAAUGGGCAAAUAACAAGCGUGAUAGCCAAAUGCUCAUUAGAAAUUCAAUCUAUACAUGAUAAGUAUAAGAAAUUCACGCCAGAAAAAUGGUCGCAUAUCGAUGGAUUGCAGUUAGCAGAUCCUUGGUAUGCUGAACCAAAGGAAAUACAAUUGUUAAUUGGGUCGGACGUGUUACCAGAAGUGUUUAAAGAAGGAUUAAUUAAAGGCAACAGCGAUGAGUAUUUAAAACGGUUUUGGGAAUUAGAGGAAAUUCCAAAUGCAGACUUAAGAACAGUAGAAGAAAGGCGUUGUGAGAGACAUUAUGAUUCAACUUGCACCCGCGAUAAAACAGGACGUUACAUCGUUAGGUUACCGCUAAAAAAUGAUAGAGAAACGUUAGGUGAGUCCAGAAAAAUGGCAUUGAAACGGUUCUUUUCACUAGAAGAACGACUUCAGAAGAAUCCAGCACUAAAACAAGAGUAUGUGAACUUUAUGCAAGAAUACAUUAAGCUGGGUCACAUGAAGGAAGUUAAUGAAAAACCAAAGACAAAGGUAUAUUAUUUGCCGCAUUAUGCAGUUAUUAAAGAAGACAGCACGACAACAAAACUUCGAGUGGUGUUUGAUGCGUCCGCGAAAACGACAUCAGGACAAUCACUGAACAGUAUUAUGAUGACAGGUCCUACAUUACAAAAGGAUUUAUUCAUUCUAUUAUUGCAGUGGAGAAUGUUUAAAAUAGUUUUUACGGCUGACAUUGAAAAAAUGUAUCGAUUGAACACGAUUACAUAUGGUACUGCCUCAGCACCAUAUCUUGCCAUCAAGACAUUGUUUAAGCUAGCAGAACACGAAAGAAUUAAUUAUCCUUUGGCAUGUGAAACCUUAAAUGAAAAGUUUUAUGUAGACGAUUGUUUGAGAGGCGCUAAUACUAUUAAAGAAUGUAAACAAAUACAAGAAGAAUUAAUCCUAUUAUUGCGGAAGGGAGGUUUGAAUUUAAGAAAAUGGGCAUCAAACGAACCGGAAAUGUUGACGAAUAUCCAAAUAAAAGUCAUUGAACCAGGGUUAGAGAUGCAAUUUAACAACGAACAAGCAAUUAAAAUUUUAGGAAUAAAAUGGUCUCCUAAAUUGGAUCAAUUUGAAUUUAAAAUAAAUAUCACGUCAUUCAGCUCAAAAUACACAAAAAGAGCAAUUCUAAGUGAUGCUGGAAAACUAUUCGAUCCAUUUGGUUGGCUGUCAUCUGUAACCAUUAAAGCAAAAAUCAUGAUACAAAAAUUGUGGAUGUUAGGAAUUAGUUGGGAUACAGAGAUCCCACCUAAUCUACAGGCACAAUGGGAAGAAUUUAAAAGUUCAGAAAAUUACCAUGAAAAGAUGGACACAACAUUCAGAGAAUAG